AUGAAAUUACUGGUCUCUAAGCUUACUGGUCGUGACCAUGAAGUUCUGAUUGAACCUCACAUUUCCGAAGACCAGACGUUCAGAAAAGCGGAUAUUGUGUUGUGCGUCGAAGACGGUCUCACGGUGGUUGAUGUAGCCGUUGCUGACGAAGAUUUGGUGGACACGGUCUACGCUGGAAAGAUUCGCCACUAUUCCACAGUGGACGUCGAGGGGAAUCUACGGAGGAUCCUCGGCAAACCAGCUGACUUCCCAAUCCUAUGUGUGCCCGCUAUCUUCUCUCGCGGCAGCAUCUCACCACGCAGCGAAGCUAGUCUGAGGCUUCUUGGAUUGUCCCCCUUUGAUCUCUCAGACCUGUGUCUGGCUGUGGGUAGAGAUUCUCUGAAAGCCUAUGAUGUCUCUGUGCGCGGAGCCGGCAGCGCCGAGAACGGGUGA